CCCUAGCGGCUGCCUUGAGAAACGUUAACACCCGGUCAGCUUGGAUAAACUCUACUCUUGACCCAACACAUUUCCGAUAUGGAUGUCAGAUUAUUUUGACUGUCUCACUGUCGACAUUACUGUAACUGGCGUCGCUUUUAUGAGCAGGAAAUGUCUAUCGCUUGUGGACAUUCCCGCGGUAUAGUACGAGGCAUUAGGUUAAAGCUCCCCACUUGGUCAGCAUUAGUUCACUUCGCUUGCUAAGCUAGCACAUGCUGCGUGUUUGUAGCGUCUUUCAGCACUCAGCCGUCGGCCGGGCACCGCUCCAACCCCGCUGUUGGAUGGAAGGGUGAGGGGAAACUAUGCUAACAUUCCUCCACAUUCUGCUAACAGGUUUGUUAGGUGUUCUGCGGGACAAAGUCACCGCCUUGGAUCGUAUCAGACUUGUGGAUGGGGAAAACAAAUGUUCCGGCCGCGUCGAGAUUCUCCGACACAACCAAUGGGGUACGGUGUGCGACCACGGCUGGGACCUCCGCGAGGCGGACGUGGUGUGCCUGGAGCUGUCCUGCGGCUUGGCAGAGUCAGCCGUCCACGGGGCGGCUUUUGGUGCGGGCAGUGGAGAGAUCUGGCUGCGGCAUGUUCAGUGCACGGGGCACGAGUCCAGUUUGACCCGCUGUGCCGUCGUCCUCCACAGUCACCACCACUGCACCCAUGAAAAUGAUGCAGGGGUGAAAUGCUCAGGUACCCUUUUCAUGCCCAUCCUCUCCCUGUCGUCACCUCACAAUGUGUUCUCGUCUGGGGAGGCGGCUCGGUUCAGCUGCAGUGUCUUGCCGGGUCAUCACGUCCGUGACUUCCACCUGUACAGACAUGGCCUGUCCACACCAGUGGUGACGCAGAGGGCGGAGAUGAGUCAGUCACGGGUGGCGAUAACUCUGCCCAACAUCAAGACGUUCCAGCAGGGCAGCUAUAGCUGUCGUUACAGGGUCAGCGGCAGCUCACCUUCUCAGAUGCUCAGCUCUCCACCAAGCAACUCUGUCAACAUCACCGUGGUGGAACUCCUGACCCCCCAGCACUGGUACAACACGUCCUCUGAUGCCCCGGCUGGUUCCGUCAUCAAGGGCCACAGUUUUAACAUCACAUGCUCCACACCGCAGCCGUACCCCGGAGGCUCCUUUCAGCUGCGACUCAUCCGCCCCAAUGGAACAGUGCGCCAGUCUCUGCCGGCCCUCGGCCCCGCCGUCACUUUUUCCUUCGCCGUUGCCCAGAGCUCAAAUGAGGGUUACUACUACUGUCUGUAUCGGGUCCAGCUUGGAGGACGCACCUUUGUCUCCAGAGAGAGCCAAGCUCUGCCCAUAUCUAUAAGAGACCCAGAUCCAGUUCUGAGUCCAGUGAUGAUCAGCUGGCUUGUGUCUGGCCUGACAUUUGUCAUCGCUGUCAUCGUAAUUAUCGUUAUGGCCAAGGUGUUGUGCAACAAGGAGAGGAAUCCCUCUGAGCUGGAGCGAGAGACCAGAUCCUGUGUGGAAAACACUUAUGUUGCCUUAUCAAUUAACAAGCUAUGAUUGUACGACGAUGGAUUCAUUUGGCACCGGAGAGCCAGUUGGCUUGCUCAGCAAUCACUCCUGCAACCACUUCAUGGUCUGGAUAGUACAAGCUCUCUUCUAUGUUUGAAGUUUCGGAUUACUGGGUCUUUCUGUAUGACCAGCAUAUUUCCUAGCAAUUUAAACACUUGGGCCUUGAGCUUUGAAGGACGUAUCUGAUGGAAAAUUGACUUUUAUGCAAUUAGUAAUGGCUGGACUGCCUCUCCACCCAUCAAGUGUGAAAUUAAACAACCAAGCAAUUCUUUU